ACGUUAAAACAAAAAAAAAGACCUUGCUUACCUCCAUUUUGCCAACUGUAUUGCUUCUUCUCUCUCAGAGACACACAUUCUUCAUCAGCGGUUCACUGUGGGACAGGUGGGCGGAGUCAACCAGUUAACUUCGCCCACACUGAGCCGCUCCCCGAUCUGCGUACCGCAUCCAGGGGCUUCUCCACUUUAGGUGCGCUGCCUGUGAGCGCGCGCGCGCGCGCACACACACACACACACACACACAGGAAUGUGGCACACAUACACACCACACAUACACACCACACACGCAUCGGUGGUGCAGCCUUUUAUCGUGACAGACGCGGAACGACGUCGACUAACUGUACCGAGGGGAAAUUUGGGGUUUUCCCGUCAGAUGCUGAUAUGAUCCUCCAGCCGUGAACCAUCCACAAGUCUUUCUAUGAGUAACUUCGAUCACAUCUGUGUUUGAUCCUGGUUGGUAGGAAGUUAUCUAUAUCACAGACCUGCCAGAUUGGACUGGACAUUUAUUAUAUUGUUGAAGAGAUACGAAUCAAGCAUCCAUCACACAUCGACCUCAAGUCGGAUCAAGAGAAAUAAAACGACGACUUCAAGAGGACAACGUUCCUUGUUUGGACCAGUGGCAUUCACACAUUAUUCGUUGACCAAGGCCUUCCCAGAGGAGAGCUGCCAGCCCCAGAGCAACGAGGGAACUUCCAGACCGAGAGAUAAUGAGCAGUCUUCUCAAGAAAAAACUGAAGGAAGAGAGGCAGCAGCUCAUCUCUGACAAGAAUGGUGUCUGCAUCGACUGUGACCAGGGGUUUAACAACGGGACACUUUCCUUGUUUGUGAAUAAAUCUGAGAAGAUAGAAGUGGUAAGUUUGAGAGUGAAAAACAACGGAAGGGAACCUGUGUUUUUCACUGAGUGCUUCCAGCUGCACAGUUCUGAGUGCAUCACUCUUAAAGAUGAGCUCAAUGUGACCAAGGACAAGCCCCUCCUUCUGCAGCCAGGCAACAGCUAUACAAUCGAGGUUCACUUCCACUGCAGUCAGGUUGGAUGUUAUGAAGCUGAAGUGGCCUUUGAAUUCAAACUGCAUCACCCCACCACUGCCUUCUAUAUUGUGCGUUCGAUUAAGUUUCGGUGUAGGACCACCUUAGGACAGAAGCUGGGCCCUACUUCACCCUUCAAACCUCCUUCCUUCACUGCACGGACCCCUGAAGUCGAUUACGAGAUUGUAGAGGGACAGCGACCUAAAAGGCUGUCGAGCACGGACCAACAAAACGGGGUCAGACUAAAUCAUUAUCCGAUACCAAAAUAUAUGUACCAGAGGACAUCUGCUGCCUUCAGAAGAAAAAGUCAGGUGCUGCAAGCACCUUUGAGCUGGGAGAACUACUCCGAGAAGUUUCAUCUGCUGCUGUAUCUGGAGGAGCAGAAGAUGAAGGAGGACAUCAAGAAAUAUAACAUCCCCAACGAUGACAGAGAAGAGGCCACCAUGACCAGAGACCAGUCCAACAAGAAUCUGCUUGUUCUAGAGGUGCCUGGUGUUGCUGAGAAUCGCCCGUCUGUGCUACCAGGUGAUAAGUUGUUGGUGUGUCCUUUAGGAGAAAAAACAAAAUACAGGGGCCACGUCCACAGUGUGCAACUCAACAGUGUCCUACUCUGCUUCCACCAAAAAUUGCUGGACCGCUUUGAGGAUGGCAUGAAGUUCAGUGUUGAAUUCACCAUCAGUGACCUGACUUUACGUCUUCAGCACAGAGCUGCUGAGCUGGCAGUUGAAAAAAAACUGCAAAAGGUGCUGUUCCCUCCUCAUGCCUUCCCCUCUCAGCAAACUGAGCUUCCACGACUCAGUGGGCUGUUUGACUCGAACCUGGAGAGCAACCCAGAGCAGUAUCAGGCUAUACAGCACAUUGUAGCUGGCUCAUCCAGACCUGCCCCCUACCUUGUGUUUGGCCCACCUGGAACAGGCAAAACUGUGACGUUGGCGGAGGCCAUCAAGCAGAUAGUAAUGAACCAGGCCUCCUGCCAUAUCCUGGCCUGCGCUCCCACCAACAGCGCUGCUGAUCAGCUCUGCGAGCAGAUUCUGAUGUUCAAACCGUACCGCUUGUUUGCCCGAGGACUGGAGUCAAAACAUGUCCCUGACAUUCUGAAGGCAUGCUCUAACCUGGAUGGAGGGUGGCACUUGCCCACUAAAGCUGAGCUGAUGGAUCACAGGAUCAUAGUCACCACCCUGUAUACAGCUGGAAGGUUGGUCACAAGUGGUAUCCCAGAGGGUCAUUUCACUCACAUCUUUGUGGAUGAGGCGGGAAACGCCUUGGAGACAGAAUGUUUAAUCCCACUGGCAGGGCUGCUCUGUGCAAAAUCUGGUCAGGUGGUUCUAGCUGGAGACCCCAAGCAACUCGGACCCAUUGUUAGAUCUUCUCUUGCUAAAAAAUAUGGCAUGGGAGUGUCCCUCUUGGAGCGCUUGAUGAAGGAUUUCCCUCUGUACUCGAGGAACGAAAAGGGCGUGUUCAACAAUCACUUUGUCACCAAACUGCUGAACAAUUACAGGUCUCACCCUGCCAUCCUGAAUAUUCCCAGCAAGCUCUUCUAUGAUGGAGAGCUGAAGGCUUGUGCGAGGGAAAACUCCCUCUGCAGUUGGGCAGCCCUUCCGAAGCAGGGCUUUCCAGUGAUCUUCCAUGGUGUGAAAGGUGUUGAUGAGCGUGAGGCCAGCAGCCCUUCGUUCUUCAACGUAACGGAGGUGGAGGUGCUCAUGGAGUAUGUGGUGAAACUGCUGCAGAAACAUGCCAAGAAAGGGCAGCCUGCUGUCUCACCCAGUGACAUAGGCAUCAUUGCCCCCUACAGGAAACAGGUGCAGAAAAUCUGUCAGGCUCUUGAUAACGUUGGGAAAAACCAUAAAGACCUUAAGGUUGGAUCUGUGGAGGAGUUCCAGGGUCAGGAGAGGAGGGUGAUCAUGGUGUCUACAGUUCGGAGCAGCCCCGACUACACAGAGAUAGAUAAACAGUUCAGCCUCGGCUUCGUCAAGAAUGAGAAGAGAUUCAACGUGGCAGUGACUCGGGCUAAAGCCCUGCUGAUUGUGGUGGGAAACCCCAGAGUGCUGAACACCGAUGAGACCUGGGCCCAGUUCAUCCAGUACUGUAAAGAUGAAGGAGGCUACACUGGUUUUACUCCAGUAGAAGACGACGAGGACAUGGUGAUGAGACUCUCUGCCCUCUACAAAAGCAUUGAGGCUAAAGAUCAUGGACCCUGAGUGGAGGAGUGACCUGUGAGGGAAUGCCCACGAGAUGCUUUAAAAAACAAACAAACAAACAAAAACCUUUUUUUUUUGUUUACAUAUGUACUGUAACAUUAGGACAAGAGGAUAAUGCACACUUUAAAUGUUCACAGCAGGUAUUCAUGAGACGAAAACAAAAUGUUCUAAUAUGAUGUUAAUGUCAGAUUAUUGUCUUUUUAACUUUAUCAAUAUGAACUUGACCAAAGACCACAAGGGAAAAGGGAGCGGAUUAAUGUUUAGAGUACUUUGUCUUCCAUUGCCUCUGUGGACCAAAAAUGAUUUGGAGACUUGAAUAUUCAGACUUCAAGUAAUUUAUAUUAACUUUGCUCAAUUGUCACAGUUCUUUAUUAUUAUAAUGCAGUUUCAUGAUAAUUAGUUGCUUUAUUAAACCAAAGGAUGCAUGUUCAUGUAUGAAGUCAACACAGCUAAUGUGCCAUUAGUUUCAAGUCGUGUAGUGUGUGCAGGUUUGGGAUUAGAGGGAGGAACAUCUGUGAAGAUUCCCAUAAUGUGCAUGUUGCAAACCGGUUUCACAGUUGGUUAGGUGUGGCCUGUGGCGUGAGCCCAGCUUAAGUUUUGACUGCUUUUUGGAUUACCCUUUGCUUAGCCUUUGCUUUUUGGACUUGGAUUUCAUAUUUUUUGUAUUUGCACCAGCAGCUUCAUUAAAGCUUACUUUUGCUAUCAUCUAA